UAUUCUAAUCAAUACCCAUUUUACCUGCACAUGGCAUGGUACAUGGUCUCAAGAUGUCUAAACUGAAACCUACUUUUGGGUUUGUGAAGAGGCUUGAGUUCCUUUCCAGUGGGAAAUUGUAUUUAAAAGACUCUGUUAAAACUAUAACACUGUCUUAUGAAACUAAAGGGAGCCGUGGUAACUAUGGAAUCAGGAGCUUCAUAUCCCAGAGGCUGCCUACGAUACAAUUCAAGAAUCCCAAUGUUCAAGUAGUUUUGUUCAAGAACGAAGAAAAAUUCCCCAAUAUAUGGAUUUACUUCAACGAUAGUCAGAAGAUAAUGCUAGAUGUCGAGGGGAAAACAGAUGAAGAGAUCUACUCCGAGCUGUCUGCUGUGGCUGGGAAAACAGAGGGUCAAGUUCAACGUGCUCUCAAGAAAGCUGAAUAUAAUCCGGCCAACUUUGGUGACAGCCGAAAAGGACGUUUGUGUAUUUGUGAAGUCCCUGGUCAGAUACCUUGUCCCAGGAGAGUGCCUUUAAGGGAUGUCAAACAUAGUUGGCAUGACAAGAAACAGGAAUCAGCAGUGUAGAUAAAAUUAUGUCAUGUCAUUAUGUUUAUUUUUUUCCAAUAGUGUAUAGAUAAUGUGCACCGUUAUCUGAGUUCAUGUUCACCAAUAAUUUAUGUGUAAAAAGUUUGACAAAAAAAUAUCCGUGGAUUAUC